UCUAUGUGCCAUUUCGAACUUGCUUUCGCUUCGAGUCACAUCCAAAUUACUCAAAUUAAAUUGUAAACCCCAGACAAAAAAAAAGUUCUCGGUUCUUUUAAAAUAUUUUCGGAAUAUCUUUUUAAAACGAAAUCAUGUGUUCUCCUUGCGGUCCCUGCAGCCCGUGCGAUCCAUGCUGCGGCCCCUUCGAGUGUUCCCCCAAGUGCUACAAUGCCGCCCAGUUGGAGGCACUGCCGCAAUGUGCCCCGCGUAUACCGCCGCCUUUUCCCAAAUGCAUCACUGUCCAGCAACCGCCGCGGAUGAUCUGUAAGAAGCGGGUCGUGUUCACGGAAAAAAUUGUCCCGGAACCGAUGGUCGUGAACCGCUGCCGGCAGAUCACCAUCCCUAAAGUGGUUGACGCAACGAGGGUUAUCAAGGUUCCCAAACUCAUCUGGGUCUCGCAAAUGGUGCGUGAACCGAGGGUCAUCUACUAUCCAUCUAUGAUCCCCGAUCCCUAUGUGGUUUGCUAUCCCAAACGCGUCUGCGAGCCGCGAGAGGUGUGCCAAUCCAUUCUGUGCCAGCCAAAGCCACAGACCAUCGAUAUCCCGCCGCCCAGGGAGUACUGUUGCUAUCCCAACGGCCCCAUCAACUACAAACCCAGUGCCGCCUGUCCACCGUGCCCAAUUGGACCUUGUGCACCCGGAGGACCCUGCUGCCCGUUGCCCUGCUUCUCCACAAACCAGUAUCCUAUCGCAGAAGGACGCUGCGGACCAUGUGGACCAUGUGGACCAUGUGGACCCUGCGGACCUUGCGGACCCUGCGGACCUUGUGGACCCUGCGGACCUUGCGGACCCUGCGGACCUUGCGGACCCUUCGGACCUUGCGGACCUUGCGGACCCUACGGGCCCUGCGGACCUUGCGGACCCUACGGGCCCUGCGGACCUUGCGGACCCUACGGACCAUGCGGACCCCCUGGAUGUGUCUUUGGUCCUUGUGGUCCUUGCUAAGAUGGAUAGUAUUCGACAGAAGUUACUUGUUCCGCAUAUACGUUUGAGAAGUCUUACCCAUAAAAUUAUGCCAGAAUAUGCAAUAUGCUCUGCAAGUUUCGUAUAAAUGCCGAAAGUAUUUUAUCACAUA